AUGACAGCAAUUCUCUACACCUCCGCCGCCUCGGGCAACAGCUACAAAAUCCGACUCCUUGCUUCGAUCCUCCACAUACCUCUCCAAGAAGUCGAGAUCGACCUGCAAGCCGACGAGCAGCAUUCAGAGAAAUACUUGACCAUCAAUCCCCGAGGCGAAGUGCCAUGCCUCGUGGACGAUGGGAAGCUUUUCAACGACUCCUCGGCGAUUCUCGUCUGGCUAGCAGGCAAGUAUGGAAAUGCAGGGAAGCAGGAUGGACCGAGUUCAUAUUGGUCGAAGGACGUGGGAGAGCAGGCUGAGAUUGUGAAUUGGCUGUCCUUCGCCAAUUCCUGGAUCCAAUACGGCGUCUUCACUCCCCGCGCCAUGCUCUCCUACGGCGGUCCCUUCAAUGGUCUCGGUCCCGCUUCCAACUGGUCCAAACCUGAACUUGAGACGCUCUUCAAAGAAGGCGUCAUCCGCUCGAAGAAGUCGCUGCAAGUCCUCGAUGCACACCUCGCGGGUGCGAAGUGGUUGGCUUUGAGUCGGCCAACGAUUGCGGACCUGGCGGUUUUCGUGUAUGUCGCUCUGGCACCGAUGGGAGACGUCAGUCUUGAGCCGUAUGGACAUGUGGAGGCUUGGAUCGACAGUGUCAAGGGGUUGGACGGAUUUGUGGGCAUUGAAGGGCUGAAGGAUCCGUUGGUGCAUGUCGAGAGGUGGAGG